AUGGUCAAUGUAACAACUCUGACUGAAUUCCUCAUCGUGGGCUUCUCCAGUCUCCAGGAGCUGCAGUUGCGGCUCUUCUCAAUCUUUCUUCUCACAUAUAUUUGCACUCUGGUGGGGAACAUCUCCAUCAUUACCAUUGCCUGCCUGGACCCUCAGCUUCACACACCCAUGUACUUCUUCCUAGGGAACCUCUCUUUUCUCGAUAUCUGCUAUACCAGCACCAAUGUGCCUCAGAUGUUGGUCCACCUCCUGUCAGAGAAGAAGAGCAUCCCAUAUGCUGGCUGUGUGACUCAGCUCUAUUUCUUUUUGUCAUUUGUGGGCACUGAAUGCAUCCUUCUGGCUGCCAUGGCCUAUGACCACUUUGUAGCUAUAUGCCAUCCUCUGCACUAUACAGCCAUCAUGAGGAAAACACUUUGUCUCCAAUUGUCUGGAGCUUGCUGGGCAAGUGGUUUUCUCAACUCUGCUGUGCACACCUAUUUUACUUUCCAGCUGCCUUUCUGUGGAGCCAAUCAACUCAAUUAUUUCUUUUGUGAUAUCCCUCCCCUUCUGAAGCUUUCCUGUGGAGACACCUCCCUCAAUGAGAUAAUUCUGCUUGUUGUUGGGGUCUUCAUAGGACGGACCCCAUUCAUUUGCAUUGUCCUCUCCUAUGUCUACAUUAUCUCCACUAUUCUGAAGAUACGCUCUAGUGAAGGGAGACUCAAAGCGUUCUCCACCUGCGCCUCACACCUGACCAUUGUCCUCUUGUAUUAUGGGAGCUCCAUCUUCACCUAUGUUCGACCGAUAUCAUCCUACUCAUUGGACAAAGACAGACUCAUUUCUGUCCUUUACAGCAUUGUCACCCCCAUGCUGAACCCUUUGAUUUAUACCUUGAGAAACAAAGACAUUAAGGGUGCUCUGAAAAAAAUAUUUCUGGAAAAAAAGUAUUCAAAAUGA